ACACCAGGUAUUAAUAUAAACAGCUCUUUCACUUUCAUAGAGUAUUAUAAAUAUUUACUUAACCUUAUAACUAAUGGAUAACAUGAGUCAACGGGAUGUAUGAAAGAAAAAAGAAAAUAGUUUUGGCUGGGGUGUUGGUGACGUGAUAAGGCAGGAAACUUCCCACUCGUCCAGAAAAAACAUCAGCUAUGUAUCGCCCACCAUUAUUUCAUGGCUUACGUCUAUACAGUACAAAAUCAGCACAGAAUAAGGAACUAAUUGAUCGCAUUAUACGUGUAGAUCAUGCUGGGGAAUUGGGAGCUGACCGUAUUUAUGCCGGACAAAUGGCAGUGUUAGGUAAAUCUAGUGUAGGGCCAGUUAUCCAGCACAUGUGGGACCAGGAAAAGGAGCAUAAAGCCAAAUUUGAAGAGUUGAUACCCAAAUAUAGAGUGCGACCCACUGUUCUCGUCCCCAUCUGGAAUGUAGCUGGUUUUGUCCUCGGUGCAGGAACUGCAUUGAUGGGGAAGGAAGCAGCAAUGGCUUGUACUGUGGCAGUUGAGUCAGUCAUCACAGAUCAUUACAACUCACAGCUACGUGAACUAAUAUCAUUGGGAGAAGAAGAAAAUAAGGAACUGAUUGAAACUAUAAAAAAAUUCCGAGACGACGAAAUGGACCACCACGACACAGGUCUUCUACAUGAUGCGGAGUUAGCACCAGCAUACACUGCUCUCAGUACUGUGAUAAAGACGGGUUGUAAAGCAGCCGUGUGGGUAUCUGAACGUAUUUAGUUUUUUUUUGUAGUACAGUUUACAUUUUGUUAAUAAAGAAAAAAAUUUAAAAAAUA